CUCGCGCUGUCAGCAGCCGGGUUGAACGGGAAGCUGGUGUCUCGUUCGAUCUAUUCGCCAACGGAAGUAGGUGAACAUCAGGUCGAAGGACGACGUGGAGGGCAACGCACAACGCCAAACCAUGGGACAGGACAAAGUGAAAGAUAUCACCGCAGGGGAGGUGGCGGAAGCACCGGCGGCGGAGCCAAGCACAACAGCAGGUAAAGGGGUCGACAGCAGUAGCGACGGCCAGCCAUCGGCGGCCCCGCCAGCACCGCCGACGCAAGGAGACUCGGACAGCGGGAAAGAUUCGUCUGCGUCGUCGUCUUCCGAGAAGAACCCGUUCGAUCAGUACUACGCUCAGCUCACCCACCAGCAGAACAUGCUUCAGGACAGCGUGAGGGUGACGGCUUACCAGAGAGCGAUUUCGGAGAACCGCGCAGAUUUCAAGGGGAAAGUGGUGCUGGACGUGGGGACGGGGAGCGGGAUCCUGGCCUUCUUUGCGGCGCAGGCCGGUGCGCGGAGGGUUUACGCCGUGGAGGCCAGCGACGUCGCUGAGGCGGCACAGGAACUGGUAGACGCAAACGACAUGUCGUCCAUCAUCAAGGUUAUCAAGGGGAAAGUGGAGGAGAUCGAGCUUCCCGAGAAGGUUGACGUCAUCGUGUCUGAACCCAUCGGGUUCCUGCUGGUUCACGAGCGCAUGCUGGAGUGCUACGUGAACGCCCGGAAACGGUUCUUGAAGCCGGGGGGGAAGAUGCUGCCCACGCUGGGGGAGAUCGUGACGGCCCCCAUAACCGACGAGACGCUUCACCAGGAGCAGGCGCUCAAGGCCUCCUUUUGGGAAUCCCAGAACUACUACGGGGUCGACCUAUCCAUCUUGCGCCAGAAAGGCCUGGCGGAACACUUCGGACAGCCGGUAGUCGGCUACUUCUACCCCACGAGCAUCAUCUCGCACGACCGGGGCAGGCAUUUGGUCGACUUCGCCAAGGUCUCCACCGACGAGCUUGUUAAUUUUACGGUGCCCCUCAGGUUUUCCGUGACGAAGACGUCGCUGUGCCACGGGCUUGGCUGCUGGUUCGACUUGACCUUCCGCGGCAGCGGGUCGGUCGUCACGCUGUCCACGGCUCCGGAGGCCCCGCAGACUCACUGGUACCAGUGCCGCCUCAUGCUCGAGACCCCUCUCGCUGUUAACGCCACCCAGGUGGUGACCGGGGAGCUCGUUUUCGAGGCCAACGAAAAGCACAGCUACUUCAUCACGAUGACGCUCCGGCUGGAGGGCACGGAGAUUUCGUCGACACAGCGCAUCAACCUGCAGGACCAGAUGUACCACUACCUCACCAACCCUUCCUCCGCUGGCCAGGCGUGAUCAAAUGAUCGCUUCCUUGCUUUGAUGGUCGACCGAUGUGCCGAUCGAUGCGCCGAACUGGUGAUCGAUGUGCGGAAUUGGUGAUGGAUGGGCCGAAUUGGCGAUCGAUGUGCCGAAUUGGUUCGGUUUCGGGGGCCAACGACACACAGUUUUGGUGGAGAGGUGCUUUCUCGUGGUGUGUCUCGAAUUGUCGAACGCCGUUCAUUGCGUAGGCGGUGCUCGUUCAGUGGUAGCUGGCGAGAGGUCGUUCCCGCGCACGCCCCCUGGGGGGAUACGCCUGGUUUGGGGGGCGAGAUUAUGGUAGGGUUUGGUUUGAUGGUUGUCGAUUGUGUCCCUUCACCGACGGCUCUCUGCGAGGCGUUAGCCCUCGAUUCAUGACGGGGGGGUGUUCUGGAGCUUGUCGGUACGCAGCGGUGGGAACAGGGUCGUUUGGUGAGUUGUGGGACAAAAAGGGGACAACAGAUUUUGUCUCCCAUUAGUAGAGCUUCCGCUGUUGGCUAGGAACGGGCCAGCGCUGUUGUUGGCGUAGAGAACAUCACCAUCACCUGUACCGCUCAUUGUAGAAAACAAGGGAUAUCACAGCCCCCUGUCUCCUCCGACUGGUGCCUCCCAAGUCUUUAUUUUUUGUUUUCCUUUUUGUCCCUGUUGCUGGACUUUUGGGCCUGCCGAGAUUUAACAUUUAACUGUGUGUGUGUUUCGCGUCACUUGUUUGUGUGCUACGUGUCGCCAGAGGUGGACUGUCGCAAGUGAUCGCAGUGAGUUCCAUGUCCCGGGGCCAGCCGCGGUGUGUCAUUGUUCCAGUAUGUAGUGUUCACGCCUCCAGCGCACGCUCGGUUCUGUUUGGAUGGCUUCUCCGUCGUAUAACCCAUCGUGUCUUUUUCGGAGAUAAAAACGAAGUAUUGUUUUGUCGUGGACGCACGAGGAGAAAGUGUGUGUGGGGGUAUUGUCUGCGUUAAUUUUCUUUCGGCCUCGACAAGUUGUAUUGUGCUGAUUGCCUUGAAAACUUCAGCAAUGGUGGGGGGUACUCGGGUGGCACGGUGCGUUAGCGUGAUGAAGUAGAGUGAGUGGUUGCUCUUGAAUUUCCAGGAACUGCCCUCGUAGAGAAUCUACAGCGUAGAUCUGUUUUGUUUGUGCAUGUGGUGCUCGAAAUUGACACCGACCGCGGUCUGUAGUAGCCCGCUGUCCUUUUUUGAUAUCCAAUGAAUCGCGAACACGGUUGCUACAUAGAUAGGCAUCACUCCUCCGUGCGUUCUUUGUCGGAGUGUGGGCAGGAUAGUCCCGUCGCCUCGUUGAAACGGGGGUUGCCUGCUUGGCGUGUCUUCGGGGUGGGCCCAAAAGAUGCUGUAAGUCAUGUCGCUCCUGUAUCGCCGGUAGUUAUGUAGGAUUGGGCAGAACCAUGCGCGGUCGAUGCCAAGUAGAGUCGUGGUCGAGAUUUUUCUCUGUGGUUGUGUGAGCUACUCUGGGUGGUCGCCCGGGGGGGGGCAGUUCGUUUAGUGUAUAUCCCGCAUCGCAACGGGAACAUGUAAGCUGCCGCGUCUGCAGGGGUAGACCGUCGUGUUGGCAGCGCUGCAAAGCAGCAUCAUCAACCAUUUCACAUCGACGAAACACAUGCUGGAGAAGGUC